AUGCCGUCAAUUCUUCCCCGAACUUACAGAUCACUGAGCUAUAUCCGACCUCUACGUCGAAUGUGGGCUGCUAGAUCAAACCGCAGCUUUGACUCCCCGACCACCAGCAAGAGCUUCACUUCUACCAGCGGCACCUUUGAUCCAUCAAACACCCACGAUCUCUCUGAGAACCACGAUCACAUUCAGUCUAGUCUCCCCCUCAAAAAUAUCUUACGCAAUGCAAGACGGUUCCACGAUUUCGACAUGGAAGGCCGUGUCUAUGCAAUUACCGGCGGUGGCCGGGGUCUGGGUCUCUCAAUGGGCGAGGCAUUGACCGAGGCUGGCGCAAAAGUGUAUGCCCUCGACCGGCUGGAAAGUCCACACCCGGACUUCUUAAAAGCCAAAGAGAAGGCAGAAAAAGAGUACGACAGCGCGAUGGAAUACAUCCGAAUCGACGUCCGCGACAACACCCAAGUCCAAAAUACAUUUGCCGCAAUUGCAGCGCAAGAGAAGCGCCUAGACGGACUUGUCGCCGCCGCAGGAAUCAAUCACCUUCAGUCUGCCCUGGAUCAUUCCCAACAAGCUUUGAACGACGUUCUCUCUAUCAAUUACACCGGCGUCUUCAACUCGGCCACCGCUGCGGCUCGUCAAAUGUUCAAUUAUCAGAAAAAGGGGUCCAUUCUUCUGGUGGCCUCGAUGAGUGGUCUCAUCGCCAACAAGGGCAUGACAUCCCCCGUGUAUAAUUCUUCCAAGGCUGCCGUCAUUCAGCUGGCUCGUUCGUUGGCGAUGGAGUGGGGCCGGUACGGGGUUCGAGUGAAUAGUCUUUGUCCGGGACAUAUUCUCACGCCGAUGGUUGAAGAUGUUUUUCGCAAGAAUCCCGGGGCCAGAGCGAUUUGGGAGGCGGAGAAUAUGUUGGGUCGAUUGGCGAUGCCGGAAGAGUUUCGAGGCGCGGCGAUGUUCUGUCUUUCAGAUGCCAGUAGCUUCAUGACGGGAAGUACUCUUGUGAUUGACGGGGGACACACAGCCUGGUAA